GAGACUUUUUAGAAAGUAAGGGUGGCGGCUUAGACUGUAAUCCAAAGCCACGCAUUGUUGUCGAUCCUUUUUCUCCAUUUAUAAUCUAUGUCACUCUUUCAUAUUUUGAAAGAUAAGCGAUGCAAUCAGCUUCCCGAGUACGCUCGUUGAAUCCAUUGUUUCCGUCUUUUACUAGCACACUUCCCUCUUCUCUUCGCUUUCAACCUCGGUUUCUUAGGAUCUCGAAUCCAUCGUCCUCAUUGUUACUGGGGAAUCCUUUCCUUACCGAUCGAUCUGCUCCAGCAAGUCUGCGCUCUCCUGCGGGUGACUCUGUACAAAAUCAAGAGAUGGCUGUGAAGGAUGGCCGAGACCCUCGCAUAGCGAAAAUCUCCUCCGCAAUCCGAGUCAUCCCAAAUUUUCCCAAGCCAGGGAUUAUGUUUCAAGAUAUAACAACCUUGCUUCUUGAUACAAAGGCUUUCAAAGACACGAUUGACUUGUUUGUGGAGAGAUAUCGAGAUAAAAAUAUCUCUGUCGUGGCAGGUGUUGAAGCAAGAGGCUUUAUAUUUGGUCCUCCCAUUGCAUUAGCUAUUGGGGCAAAAUUUGUGCCCAUGAGAAAACCCAAUAAAUUGCCAGGGGAGGUUAUCUCAGAAGAGUAUUCUUUGGAGUAUGGAACUGACAAAAUGGAGAUGCAUGUGGGGGCCGUAGAACCAGGGGAACGAGCCUUAGUCAUUGAUGAUCUUAUUGCCACUGGAGGCACCUUAUGUGCUGCAAUCAAGCUGCUUGAACGUGUGGGGGUGGAAGUGGUUGAAUGUGCUUGUGUGAUUGAGUUGCCAGAGUUGAAGGGACGAGAAAGGCUGGGGGACAACCCGCUAUUUGUGUUAGUUAGUGCAGCUUGAGUUCGGAGUUAUGAUGUUUACUUUUAGCUCUUAAAAAGACGUUGUGGGUUCUCAUUUGCUUGGAGCUUUGUUAGAGGCUUCAUAUUUCCCUGACGUUCUCUUGAUAUUGAAAUAAAGUGGGGGCUUGGGUUGAGUCUGUUAUGGCUGCUGAAGGGAUUGAUUUGUUAGGCAAGGCUUGUUGAGAUGAGUUCAUUGAACAUUGACGCGCCUAAGGCACGUGUUGGACCUUUCAGCUUCAGCUUUUGCUAUUGCAUGGUUGGUGAAUGGAUUAUUGAGUUGUGGAAUA